UCGUCCACACAUCACUGCUGCUCUCAGGUCGAGACAUCAGUCGGCCACCAUGAGUCCGAAACACGUCGUCUUUAAGAAGGUUUCCCGUGACAAGUCGGUGGCGGUCUACAUGGCCAAGAGGGACUUUGUGGAUCACUGUGACUUUGUAGAUCCAGUCGAUGGCGUUAUUGCGAUCGACCCUGUGCAGCUCAAAGGAAGGAAAGUGUACGUGAUGCUGUCCUGCACAUUUCGAUACGGCCGUCAGGACAUGGACGUGAUGGGUGUGGCCUUUAGGAGGGACCUGUUCCUGGUGACCCGGCAGGUUUACCCUGAGCUGCAGGACAAAGAGAAGCUGACUCACACCAAGGUCCAGCAGAAACUGCUCCGAAAGCUGGGAGACAAUGCUUUCCCCUUUUUCUUCGAGUUUCCAGACAACCUGCCCUGCUCUGUUGCUCUUCAGCCUGGACCAUCUGAUGUGGGAAAGAAAUGUGCGGUGGAGUUUGAGGUGAAAGCGUUCUGUGGUGAGAACCAGGAUGAGAAGAUUGAGAAACAGAGUUCGGUUCGUCUCACUAUCCGUAAGAUCCAGUUCAGUCCAGAGAACAGUAAAGUGGCUCCAGUAGCAGAAACCACCUUUGAGUUUCUGAUGUCUGAUAAACCGCUGCACGUCAAACUGAGCCUGCCCAAAGAGACGUUCUACCACGGUGAACCUGUCACAGUGAAUGUAGAGAUCACUAACUCGUCCAGCAGGAACAUCAAAGACAUCAGUGUGUCAGUGGAACAGGUGACCAACGUUGUUCUUUAUUCCAACGACAAGUACGUCAAAUCAGUGGCCAAAGAAGAGACAAGUGACUCGGUUCCCUCUGGUACCUCCCUAAAGAAGGACUACACUCUGUAUCCUCUGCUGGCUCACAACAAAGACAGGAGGGGACUCGCUCUGGAUGGACGGCUCAAACAUGAAGACACCAACCUGGCUUCAUCUAGCAUAGUGAAGCAGGAGGUGCUGAAGGAGGUUCAGGGGAUGCUGAUCUUCUAUAAGGUUGUGGUGAAGAUGAUGGCUUCUGGGACGGUCGGAUCCAGCGAAGUGUCUCUGGAGCUUCCUUUCAGGCUGAUGCAUCCUAAACCUGAACCAGCCAAGGAGGGCGAAUCAGAUGACAUGGUGUUUGAGGAGUUCAAACGAGCGUACCUGAAGGGAGUGGUCUACGGAGAUGAUGACGAGUCUCCCACGGAGGCAUGAACUACGAAGACGGCUGCCACGGACCAGAUCCAACCGCCCCUCCUGUCCGUCAUCAUCCAGAGCUGAAGAGAAACACAGUUUGACCUGCAGACACGUGAUGAUUCCUAACGAUUUAAGUGACUCUAUGAUGUUUCCUGUAGCGCCCCCCUCAGGACAAGCUGCACAUGCUCAGCUUCACUGCUGUUCAGACUGUCAGAGCAGAGAAAUGUGGCUGUAUCGAAACCUGCAGCCUGCAGGGGGCGCUGGUGGUGCUUCACUUGUUUAAACAGCUGUCGCACACACUGCACCUGACAGGAAGUCAGGAAAUGUUCAGAGAAUCUGAUGAUUGUCUUCUCAAUUUAUUUCUUCAUUGUUUGCUCCAUAAAAUGUGAGAAAAUGUCCCAAAUGUUUAAUUUCCAGGCCAAACUGUGUUUUUAAAGCAUUCUGUGACUGAAGGAUAACAAAUGUAGAUAUGUUCAAAAUGCAAAUGUAUAGUUCCUUUAUUGUGAAAAAUGCUUGUUAGUCUGAUGAAAUUAUUUGACUGUAGGUGAUUGUUUGAAGAGCACAAAUAUGUUUAAUUUGAUUGAUAUGAGGUUGUACACACUGAACUCUGCAGAUAAUUAUUAAAUAUAAGUAAUAGCUGACUAAUAAAUUAGUUUUAUCACCAUGGUGAAAUGUGUUUGUGUGUCCUACAUUUACUUGUGUUACUAAUAAUCUCUUAGUGUGUACUUAAACCUGUAUAUUUACUGCACCAGUGUAUUUAUUGCUCAGUAACUCUGAAAGCAUACAGAAUGCAAAACUGCUUUGUGUUUGAUAAACUCUGAAAUAAAAUAUGUU